UUACUCCAGGCUGAGGCUACUCAGCGCUGUCCGAUGCUGCAUGGCGCCGUGAUAUUUACUUCGGGCGGACACUAAAGUUGGAUUCCUGCUUAGGAAAAAGUUAUUAUAGAAUUAAAAAAAAUACUCACUUGCUUCAAAAUGAGUGACGAUACUGAUUCUCCUCCCGAGAGGGAAAUGAAGGAUUUUCAGUUUCGUCAAAUGAAAAAAGCAAAAGUCUUUGAGUCUUCUGGAGAAAUGCCAAGAGAAAGGUCGAGUUUGCUCACCAUCUCCAACAAGUUCGGUUUAACAUUCGCAGGGAUGGGAAGAACCUUCAAAGUUUACCGCACGCAGGAUAUCCUCGCCGUUGAUAAACACGAAGGCAACUCCAACACAAUCGUUGAUGGAAUUCCCGCCGUGGCGGAGGUGACUGUGGAGAUGGCGUUGCACCACUUGGCGCUCAGUUGCGAUGAGCUCACGUUGUCGGUGUGUGGCAUCUCUACGGACGCCGCUUUGUCCGUGGCCUUCUAUGACGUCCGCACCUUUGUCAACAAGGCACGACUACAGAAGUUAGCUUUUGCAGUGUGGCAGCCGCCCGUGCCCCCGGAGACCUUAGUGCAGGACUUGAAGUGGAAUCCUGCUCAGGCGUGCAUGUUGGCGGCGUGUCUGUCUGAUGGCAGUAUGUCCAUCCUGGACGUCACCAGCAGCGUCAAUGUGCAGGCCCAAUUACCCGCUUCCAGCUGCGUCACGUGCAUUUGCUGGAGCCCCAAAGGAAAGCAGGUUGCUGUCGGGAAAAUGAAUGGCACCGUGAGCCAGUACACGCCGGCACUCGAGGAGAAAAAGGUGAUCCCAUGUCCGCACUUUUACACCUCUGAUGACCCAGUAAAAGUUCUUGACCUGCUUUGGUUGAGGACCUUCUCCUUUGCUGUGGUUUACGCCGCUGCCGAUGGCUCCCCGGAGACCCCGCCCGAGCUUGUAUUGAUCACCAUCCCCAAGAAGGAUGAAAAGGUGGAAACAAAGUACCUGAACUUUAGUGAUACGGUGUACGGCUGCUGCACGGAGCGACAGCACCACUACUUUCUCAGCCACAUCGAGGAAUGGAACCUUGUUUUGGCCGCGUCGGCUGCUUCCAUCGAAGUCAGCGUCAUUGCCGGUCAAGAUGAAAAGAUCUGGGAGCUCUGGAUGCUGGAGGACGCUAGCAGGGCAGAGCUGCCCGUAUCUGAGACAAGCGAGGACACGCUGCCCCUCGGAUUAGCCAUUGACUACACGAGCCAUCAGCAGAUCCGCAUAAGUGAUGACAAGACAUUGCCGCCGGCUCCCGCCAUGCUCAUGCUGUCCACCGAGGGAUUGCUCUGCCCUUUUGCACUGCUUAAUCACAACGCUGGGGUCAAGCAGUUGAUUUCAGCCUGCACCGCCCUCACAGCGGAGGGAGAGAGACUCCCCAAGCCAGGUGCUUUGGCAGCGCAGCCACCCAAGACCGCUGCCCCCCUCCCUUCUGCCCCGGCAGCCUUCUCAAACCUGGCUGCGACUUCUUCUGCUCCCUCCUUCAGUGUUAUUCCCACGGCCGCCCCCUCAUCCUCAGGCUUCUCUUUCUCUGUGCCACCCACCAAUAACAACUCUGCCCCUCCUGCCUUCUCCCUUGGCUCAACCGCACCUUUCGGCUCCGGGGCUUCCGGCUUCUCUUUUGCCGCCAAGCCUCCCUCCGACAUCCCCUCUGCUCCUUCUGCGUUUUCUUUCAGCACUCCUUCGAAUAAAGUUGCGACUCCGACACCACAGAGCGUCGCAACGCCGUCCUUACCUACAGUCAAACUGAAUUUGAAUGACAGAUUUUCAGCUGUCGAAGCUGCCGCAGCAUCCACACCGUCUUUCUCCUUCACGACGUCCCCGGCCAAAAGUUCUGUUGCCAGUGGCGGCAGCAGCCAGAGCGCCCCUACUCUGGCCGCCGCUGCUGCUGCUGCUGCCACUGCCAAGACAGCGGCAGUGUCAACUGCUGUACGUCCAGUUCAAAACAGCACACCAACUGCAGCAGUCCAAAAAGCAGCUCCAGCUCCAACUCCCCAGGGCCGCUUCCAAACGCCCCAGGCGGCUGUGGCAGUGAAGGCUGUGGAGAAGCAACCUCAACCAAAGAAAGAAUCUGAUCCUAUUAUGAUGGGUAUCCUGGAAGAGAUUUCACACUUUCAAAAGGAACUGGACAAUCUCAAAGUGCGGAGUUCAACAGCAGACUUUAAAGUUGGAACUAACGAGGAGAUGAAGGACCUGAGGAAGGAGUCAGAAAGUCUUAACAUUUUCAACUUGGAGAUUAAGGAAACAACAGAGUCUUUGCAUGGCGACAUUGGAACCCUGAAGACGACUGUGCUGGAAGGCUUUUCUGGAGUUGAGGAAGCCAAGUCCCGUAAUGACCUCAGCACAGAGCGCAAUUACAGACAACUGCUCUACAAAAGACCCUUGGACCCCCGCAGUGAGGAGCAACUCAAGGAGAUUCGCAGGCUGUACCAGUAUGUUACUUUUGCCGUGGAGGAUGUCAACGGCGUUCUGGAUGUAGAGUGGGAGAAACACUUGGAGAUAAAGAAGAAAAAGAAGCACAUGGUGGUGCCCGGGCGCGAAGGCUUGUUCAACACACUGGCCAACAACCUCUUCAUCAUCAAUCAGCAGAAGAACAGGCUGGAUCAGCUGGUCAGGGAGCUGACCUCCUUGCACCUCUACAAGACGGACACUCCCGCUGCAUGUCGUAACUCCGCUGCAGCAACGUCAGCAGGUAUGGAAAGUGAACUCGACAGCUUAAGGGAGGCACUGCUGAAGGCCAGACUGGAUGCGACCCCUUCUAAGGCCAAAAGCCCAUCUCCAGUCAAGAUAUCGCCAGUCAAACAAUCACAGUUGCGCAAUUUCCUCUCCAAGGGGCACAUGGCUCCUGUUCGAUCAACGGCACCAGCCAACUUGUCCCGCUCUGCCUUCCUGUCGCCCAAGUACUACGAGGACCUGGACGACGUGAGCUCCACCUCCUCCCUCUCACAGUCAUUGGAGCCGCCUCUCCUGCCUCACUUGGAGGUGGAGGAAGAGGAAGAACUGCAGCCAGAGCGCCUCCCCAUGACCGCCGACACCCCAGCAUUCCCUCGCCACCCUACCGUGGUGAGGACCCCAUCCAUCCAGCCGGGCUUUGGAGCCAUCCAGUCCACACCUUUAAGCAAAAUGCAGGCGGUGCCGGGCAUGGGCUUUGGCCUGAGCCCUAUUCCCAGCCCUGUUCCAGCCAAUAAGAUCAACCUCAGUGGAGCUGACAGCACUGCCCUCGCCACAAAGACAGUCAAACAUGGCGCCCCGCCGGUGGAGAGGACUGCACCAGUCACCAUCCCGGCCCAGCAAGCUGCCGCCACGGCUGCCUUGCGCAGACUGAUGGCUAAUCAGAAGACUGCUGUCGUCAGCACUUCCUUGACUGAGUCCACCUUGAAAACCGUGCCCCAGGUGGUCAACGUUCAGGAGCUAAAGGAAAAGGGGCCUCCUGUGUCGGCUCCUGUGGUUAUCAGCUCAUCAACACCAGACCCAGCAUCUGUGACUCUGCAGGUUCCCACUUCUCUUGCCACCCAGCCCAAACGCAAUCCAUCCCAAGGUGUGCAGAAAACAUCUGCUGAAAGCUCCAGCGCUCCAUCAGCAGGCUUCACAUUCGGUCAGUCUGCCAAAGCUGACACCUCUGGCGCUCCUGCUAGCUCAGCUGAAUCGAAUAUGAGCAAAGCUUUCUCUUUCGCUUCAACCCCCUCAAACUUUAGUUUCGCUUCAGUCACACCAGGAACUGGGCUACCACAAGUGAAAGAUGCAAGUGAGCUCUCCUUUGGUGGGAAUGGCAAGAUGUUGUUCACUCCCCCUGUCCUUGCUACCAUAUCGACCACACAGCCUCCAAACACCACAACAGAAGCACAUGUACCUGUCCUUGCCACUGCCAGGAUUGACCCUCAAACUCCUAAAACAACUGGAGGAGAAACUUUGGGCAGUUUCUCUGGGCUUCGUGUGGGCCAAGGAGAAGAAGCUGUAGAUGCCACCACCAAACCCACCUCUGGUAACACUGCCUUUACCUUUGGUGGCACAGGAAUUGGCAAAGGAGCGGCACAGUUUAGCUUCGGUGCAGAUCGAAAGUCUGCGGGCGAUUCCCUUGGAACUGACUUGUCUAAGGGGCAAGGGAGUUUGUUCAAACCUCCCGAAACGACACCCAAGCUGACCUUCUGUGUGACGACGGCAAACACAUCCGCCUCAGGAUUGCACACGUCUUUUGGCAGUCUCCUUGCAGCCCCCACGGAGCCACCAGAAGACCCUAAACCACCCGCACAAGCUUCAGAACCCGUCUCAGAGCUUCCUCCUGAACCUUCUGUUGAGGGCAUUGCACCUUUAGAACCUGCAAAGCCUCCUUUGGAGGCAAGCAGCUCAGAAAGUGCAUCCGCGGUGAAAGCACCCGUUUUGGCCACAAGUGUUCCUGUUGCACCCACAGCAACUGAGCCACCGGCUCCAGUCUGCACUGCAGAAGCCACCGCAGAUGCCGCAUCUACUGCUCCUGUGGCCCCCGCUUCUGCGCCCACUGCUCCUGUGGUUCCCGUCCUGCAAGUAGCUCCACCAGCCUUCCAGGCGUCCACCUCUGAGAGGCCCGGCUCCAUCUUCACUCAGCCUGCGGCUACAGAAAGCAGCUAUCCUGCUGUCACCGCUGUCCCUGCGACCGGCACGCCUGCUUUUCCCGUCGCUAACAUCACAACAGGCACCACCACAGCGACUCCUGCCCCUGCUGCUGCUCCUGCUGCGAGCACUGUGUUUGGGCAACCUGCCACAGUCCCUCCAUCCUCGACAGCCCCCUCAGCCCAACCUCCCACAGGUUUUGGUUCAUCUGCUUUCAGUGCAUCAACUGAAAGCGGUUUUGGCAAGUCUGUUUUUGGGCAGUCAGGCGGCUUCGGCCAGCCUGCCAGUAACACGGGAACAUCAGCUGGCUUCUCUUUUGGACAGUCUGCAUUCGGAGCAAGCUCUAACAGCGCCACCACAGGAGGUGGUCUCUUCGGAGCAUCCACCAGUAGCAAUGCCAGUUCCUUUUCCUUCGGCACAAAUGCAAACGCCCAGACGUCCAGCAGCUCCGGAACGGGGCUGUUUGGACAAAGCACAACCUCUGCAUUCGGACAAAGCUACGGAUUUGGACAAGGGGCGCUGUUUGGGAGCAACACCACCACAUCCUCGUCAACAGGAUUCACCUUUGGUCAGCAAUCAGCUUUUGGCUCCUCACCUUCAUCUGGAUUUGGCCAACAGUCCAACGCCGGGAGCGUAUUUGGACGGCCUCAGCAGUCGGUUGGCAGCGGCCUAUUUGGUUCGACUUCCACAAAUGCAGCCUCACCCGGUGGCGGACUGUUCAGCGGCCUGGGAGGCAAGCCGAGUGAAGAAUCUGCCAACAAGAAUCCAUUCGGUCCCACUGCUUCCUCUGGAGGCUUCGGCCAGCCGGCACAGACAGGUGCCAACACUCUCUUUGGUAGUACUGCAGCCAAACCCACCGGGUUUGCUCAGUCCUCCUUUGGAGAGCAGAAACCCAGCGGGACCUUCAGCUCAGGUGGGGGCAGUGUUGCAUCCCAGGGCUUUGGCUCCUUCUCCUCGCCAACAAAACAAGGUGGUUUUGGCAGUGCACCGGUGUUUGGGAGCCCGCCGGCUUUCGGUGCAUCCCCAUCAUUUGGCGCCCCUACAUCAUUUGGCGCCAGUCCCUCCUUCAGCAACGCCAUGGGGUCCUCAGCCGGGAAAGUGUUUGGAGAGGGAACAGCGGCUUCCAACAUGGGUGGAUUUGGUUUCGCCUCGCCUCCUUCGGCGCCAUCUUUUGGCGCUCUAGCCAACCAGAGCGCACCAUCAUUUGGGAGCUUGGCCCAGCAGGGUCCUGGCUUCGGAGGUCAGCCUAGCGGCUUCUCAGGCUUUGGACAGCAGCCACAAGCAGGAGUAGGCUUCUCUGGAAACACCUUUGGCGCCACAAACCAAACAAGUUCCCAAACAUUUGCCGGUUGGAGAAGCUAGCGCAACAUGCUAGUUGGCUUUCUGUUCUCAAGCUCCUUUGAGGAUGCUUGGAGGUGAAAGUAGAAAUCAUGAAAAGGCACACCCAGAAAAAGUCCAAAUGGGGCAUAUGAUUGAUGAAAAAUUCCAACAUGAGUUGAGAGAACCUGUUUAAUAACCAAUGAAUUGAUUAUUAGACUGAGUUUAUUUUGAAAUAUUUUGGACAUUGGCCACGCCCAUCAGAUUUCAGGAAGUGUUUGUGUGACCUGGUUAAAGUCUGACCUGGUUAAAGCAUCUUGGAAGGUAAGAACCAUCGUCUUCAUAACAGCUCAGUGAAUAUGCCUUGUAGGGGAGGACAAGUCCCAAUAUGGCCAUUUUAAUGACUUGUUUCAGUAGAAUUUUGGCAAUUACAAAACAUUUCCAGAAAAAAUACAUACUUCAGAUUAUCGGCCAAAUAUUUGGUGUUUGAGGAAUGUUAUGGAACAUAUAUAUUUUCACUUUCUGUAACAACUGUUAUAUAUUUUUACAUGGAAAUAAAUAUGUUGAUUGCUUGACAUGCUAAAAAAAAUCAAUUUGACGUUAUCUUUUAAUUGGCUGUCAGAGUCCUGAUUGUUUUUUUUUUUACGAUCUCCAAAAUGAGUCACGCCGCUUGUCUGUCGCUGCCUGCCCAUCUUGCAUCCGCACCAUCUUUAGCGCCCCACCCAAGAUGCAUAGCGGAGGUCUCAGCUCUGGAAUGUCGGGGUCAUUAUGUGACCUGAAUGCACCACCUGCCCAAAAUGUUGAAAUUCCCCGACAGUUUAAACCCGACACAAAUAGACUGGAGCCAAAGGAAUAUCAAAUAAAGCGAUUGGGCGUGAAUCACUGAUGGAGAUGCCAUCAUUGGAUGUAUGUUCUUCCUCGGGGAACUGCAGUCUGUGAUAGCUUCUCUCUGUGUGGAUGAUUUUAGGAGAUUAUCUGCGCCCACUCUGCAUGUAUGACACUUUUAAAAAAUGUAUUUGCAUAAUACCUCAAACGGAACCAAAGUAAUCUUCUUAAUCCUCAAGUUUGUUGUGAUGGAAAAUGCAGGUUGCACGUCUCCCAGACUCUUGUGAGGAUGACAGCUGUCAUUAUGGAGUCCAGAUAAAAAUAGCUCUGUCCACACCAGCCUAAAAGCUCCCCCCCCCACCCCCAUAGCCCUUCGCCGGCUAGUGAUGAUUAGCGCCUCUUCAUUCUUUCAUUGCGUGCUCCCAAACCAGGAGAUAAACCCGCCCAUGCACGGUAUCCGUGGUCCUGGUGUUUUUUCUGCA